CCAAUCACGGRGCUGGGAGAGCCCUCUCUCAUUCAAGCUGAGCUUCUCAUUCAAGAGCACAAGGCGCGUGGCACRGCCGGGCUCGCGCAGCAUUCACAAACAGACAGAGGCAGAGGCAGAGGCAGAGGGCGGUGAAUGAACGGAACCAGAACCGGAACCAACGGGCUGAAAGUGUCCCAGAGAAACCCAGUGAGCACCGCAGGGAGGAAACAUUCCCGGACUCACAAGUGUUAUUUCCAGAGAGGGAACUCAGACCUUAAAGAAGAAAGGAGUGGAUAAAGCAGGAACAGUUGUGGUUGUAUCUUUCUCCACACCCCUAGCAUCCCUGUGACUCACACAUACACCAAAAUGAAGCUGAAACAAGACCUGAACCCCCUGCUGGUGCUUCUUUUCUACCUCAUAGUGUGGCUCUACACCACAGUCACCUUCCUGCCUUCAUACAUCCUCAGAUGGGGGUCCAGAUCUGAUGGGGACUUCUAUGGCUCAGAGGAGGAACGAGCCAAGAGAACUAAGGCUCGAUCCAUCAUGGGCCGUCCAGAAGGACCCUACAGAACCCUGAGUGCUACAAAGAAACUUGUUACAUCAUUGCACCCAGGAGUGGACACUCUGGAUAAGAUGUUUGAGUACUCUGCSAUGAGGUUCCCCAGCAGAGACUGUCUCGGUACAAGAGAGGUGAUCAGUGAGGAAGAUGAGCGACAGAGCAAUGGGAAGGUGUUCAAAAAGGUAGUCCUGGGCCAGUACCGCUGGCUCUCCUAUAAGGARGCCACCACGGCAGCAACCCAGCUGGGCAGUGGUUUGGCAUCAUUGGGUCAGAGACCAAAAACCAACAUCGCUAUCUUCUGUGAGACACGAGCAGAGUGGGUAAUUGCUGCUCAGGCCUGCUUCAUUUACAACUUCCCAUUGGUUACUCUUUACCCCACUCUUGGAGGUCCAGCCAUUGUUCAUGGGCUAAACGAGGCUCAGGUCAGCCACAUUAUCACCAGCAGAGAGCUCCUGGAGACCAGACUAAAGCUCAGUGUGAGCGGAAGCAUCCGCUGCCCUCAGACAUUGCUGUCAUCAUGUACACCAGUGGAUCAACAGGUGUUCCUAAAGGCGUCAUGAUCUCCCACAUGAACAUCAUCGCCUGCAUUUCAGGGAUAGCUGAGAAGAUACCCAACCUUUGUGAGGAAGAUACGUACAUUGGCUACCUUCCUCUUGCUCAUGUGCUGGAGCUAUGUGCAGAACUUCUGUGUAUUUCUCAUGGCUGUAGAAUUGGCUUUUCCUCACCUCAAACUCUGGCUGACCAGUCAACCAAGAUUAAGAAAGGAAGCAGGGGAGACGCCAGUGUCCUGCAGCCCACCCUGAUGGCAGCAGUCCCGGAGAUCAUGGAUCGUAUCUACAAGAAUGUGAUGACCAAAGUCGAGGAGAUGAACAGCCUCCAGCGAGCACUUUUUGUUUUGACGUACAACUACAAGCUAGAGCAGCUUUCCAAAGGAUCCAGCACACCGCUGUGUGACAGGCUGGUGUUCAGGAAGAUCCGCUCUCUGCUGGGAGGUCGGAUGCGGGUCUUGUUAUCAGGUGGAGCGCCUCUUUCUGCAGCCACGCAGCGCUUCAUGAAUGUGUGUUUUUGCUGCCCAGUGGGUCAGGGGUACGGCCUGACAGAGACCUGUGGUGCAGGGACGGUUUGUGAGCUUUGGGAUUACAGCACUGGAAGAGUGGGAGGGCCACUGGCUUGUUGUGAGAUCAAACUCAAAGACUGGCUGGAGGGUGGCUAUCGAAGCACUGACAAGCCUCAUCCAAGAGGAGAGAUUCUCAUCGGUGGACCCAACGUAACCAUGGGUUACUAUAACAGUGAGUCAAAAAACCAAGAGGACUACUUUGUAGAUGUGAACCACCAGCGAUGGUUCUGUACCGGAGACAUCGGAGAAUUUCACGAAGACGGCUGCCUCAAGAUCAUUGAUCGUAAAAAGGACCUGGUGAAGCUACAGGCGGGGGAAUAUGUGUCUCUGGGGAAGGUGGAGGCUGCGCUGAAGAACUGUCCUCUCGUUGACAACAUCUGUGUCUAUGCCAACAGUGAUGAGACAUACGUGAUUGGCUUUGUGGUGCCCAAUCAGAAGCAGCUCCUGGCUCUGGCUGGCCAGUAUGGGAUCCGAGGGUCCUGGGAGGAGCUGUGCAACAGCAAAGCCAUGGAGGAGCUGGUCCUUAAGGUCAUCACUGAGGCUGCGCUGACAGCCCAGCUGGAGCGUUUUGAGAUGCCUCGAAAGAUCCGCCUGAGCCCUGACCCCUGGACUCCUGAGACAGGACUCGUGACCGACGCCUUCAAGCUCAAACGCAAAGAGCUGAAAACACAUUACAAAGACGAUAUCGAGAGAAUGUACGGAGGAAAAUAACACUAAACUCUGAAACGCUCUUACCCCCUCAUCACCUUUCAAGUAGUUUUUGGAAUAAAAAUCACAAUGUUUUUACUCCUGUCUGUUCGCUUUUUAACCCAGUGUUGUGGAAGUCUUUAUUGUUCCAAAUGGGAGUUGUGAAGCAGGUUGUUACUGUCAUCUGUUGAGCUCUUACCUGACAGCCAAAGCAGAAAUCCAGGUUAAUUUGUUGCCUUUUUGUUCUGAAAGCUGACCAACAAGACCCCAGGUUCAGGUUCUGUACUUCUCCCAAUCAGUUCAGAUACUGUUAACUUCACUCCAGCCAGAGGAAGCUGUCCGUAGUGCUGCUUCUGCUGCUCCUGCAGGUCCAGGAGACAGUUAACUUUCUUUUUGUUUCUGAACUGUUUUGAUUUCUGUCAGUUUAUUUUGUCUCCCACCCUCCGUCAGACUGUGACAUGUUGGACAGCAAAGAACAUCCUGAUACCAAAAAGCACAAAGUCACUCGAGGGCAAAUGAGAGCUCCAAUAUGCUAAAAACUUUCAGAUCUUUUAUGGUCUAAUGGAUUUUAUCUUUCGCCGAGGCUGUAACUAUUUAAGAGAAAAGAAACACUCUUAGCAGUUGUUUAGUCUGUUGAGACUCUUUUUAGUGAACAGAACAAAAUGUGAACAAAGAUGCUUGUGUACCAGAUAAAAUUAGUGUAAUCGUUGAUGUAUUUGACAAAUGACAAACACAAUGUGAAAAGGCAGAUCUGCCCAACUAAGGCAUCUGAUUGCAGACAGAAUGAAAUGUGCGAUGUGAGCUGGUUGAAGUGUAAGCACUCUUGCGUAAGCGAGGCUAACAUUUGUUCUGUUUUAAGCUUCGCCACAUUUUUGUCUGUUUGACAGUGUGAGACUCAGCGUGUCGCGACGGAGCACAAACACAACCCCCGUGUCCCUCUCUGCGGGACAUCUGUUGCCUUUCCUGUGAUUCUGAAGCAUCUCUUUGUAAUUUCUGCCUGAUUUCUGUUUUCCAUAAUAAUUAUAAGAUGAAUGGUAAUGACUGAUGUGGAGGAGCAGAGAGAGCAAAUGUACAACCUCUUUAUUAAAUCCACUUCCUCUCUCUGCAGCAGGUGAUUUUUACAUAAACACAUCCAGCGAUUUAUUUAAAAUUUGAUUUGGAAAAAAAAUUUGUAUGGCAUGAAUAAAAAAUGUGUUUGUGAGACUGCUUUUAUUCUCUGCUUUGGUGAAUAAAACUAAAUAAAAAGGUG